AUGAGUGAAAGAACUGGAAUGGCCAACCAAUCCACUGUGAUGGAAUUCAUUCUGAUGGGAUUUUCUGAUACUCGUGAUGGACAACUUCUACAUUUUGUCAUGUUUCUAUUCAUUUACUUAUUAGCCCUAACUAGGAAUGUGAUCAUUGUGUCUGUCGUGAUCCUGAACCACCACCUGCACACCCCCAUGUAUUUCUUUUUGGUCAAUUUAUCUUUGGCUGAUAUUUGUUACAUCACAACCACUGUCCCCAAAUCAAUGGCAGUUUCACUGACAGAUAACAAAAUAAUUACUUUUCCUGGGUGUGUCACUCAAGUUUUCUUAAUUGUUACUUUUGCAGUUUCUGAGGUUGCUCUGCUUACCAUCAUGGCUUAUGACCGUUACGUAGCUAUCUGCCAUCCCCUACAAUAUAGUCUCAUCCUAAACUGGGAUACAUGCAGUCAGAUGGCAGUUACUUCCUGGGUCAGCUGCCUGAUUAAUGCAUCUCUACAUACUGUCACGGCUUUCCAAUUAAACUUCUGUGGGCCAAACAUGAUUGGGCAAUUUUUCUGUGAUAUUCCUCAGUUACAAAAAAUUUCUUGCACUAGUACAAAAGUUAGCCAGAUUAUUAUAUGGAUAGUUGGAUUUAUCAUAGCUUCAUUUUGUAUUGGAUCCAUUUUUGCUUCUUAUGGCUACAUCAUCUCUGCUGUGCUGAAGAUUCCAUCAACUGAAGGCAGGUACAAAGCCUUCUCGACCUGCAGUCCACACUUGACAGUUUUCUCUUUAUUCAUCACUACAGGUUUGUUUUUGUACAUGAGACCAAAUUCUUUUUCCUCUCCAAAAAUAGACUUACUCUCUGCUGUUUCAUUUACAGUUGUGCCUCCCGUUCUGAAUCCCAUCAUUUAUAGCCUCCGGAACAAGGACAUUCAAGCAGCUGUUUGGAAAUUAAAAUCAAAAAUCAAAAAUAAUUUCCUCACUGAUUGA